CUCUGGGGAGCAUUCUAGGAUUGUACUCUUGAUAGUAUCUUGGUCAUCCACGACUUGCAUAAUUUAACUAUCGCACAAACUCUUUUGUUUCUCCAAAACACAAGAAACAACGCCAGGGAAUUCCCAAGACGUCCGUCGCUGUCAUCCCCGACAUUUCGCUGCCGCCGGCCGCUCUCUUCCUCUGUUUUCCCCGCCGUGUCUCUCGUCCUCUUCUCCAUCCAUCACCUGAACAUAGUUAGAAGAGCAGGCGGCUAUCACCACCAGCUCUGCAAUCCGAUCGACACAGCCGAAAUGCUGAGGCUACUGAUCAUUGGUGCAGCGAUCUUGGGCUGCUGCCAUGGGCAGUCCGAAGUGUCCCGGAGAAAGAGCCGUCUGAGGGUGAUGUCGCCGCCGGAGCUCGAGGGCGCAUACGGCUGCGCCAGUGCCGACUUCGGUUUCCCGCAGCACGGUGGCUCCAUGACCGGCGUGGUCGUCUACCCAAGAUACAACGGGCAGGCUUGCAGCAACUUCGAUGAAUAUGGCAUCUCUCUCCGUUCUCGCCGAGCUGGCGCACUUCCUGUUUUCUUGCUCGUCGACAGAGGAGACUGUUUCUUCGCAACCAAGGUGAGGAAUGGGCAGAAAGCCGGAGCAGCAGCAGUUCUUGUUGCUAAUACAAAAUCUGAACCAUUAUUUGCAAUAGAAGGAGCAGAGAGCAGAAGCGCAAACAAAACAGAUGAUUUACCGGAUAUCACCAUUCCUUCAGCACUUAUAACCAGGAGCCUGGGGGACAGUCUCAAGAAAGCAAUUGAUAAUGGCAACUUGGUUACUAUAAACUUGGACUGGAUGGAGUCCCGACCGUACCCUGAUGAGCGUGCUGAGUAUGAAUUUUGGACAAACAGUAACGAUGAAUGUGGUCCAAAAUGCGAUGACCAGGUUGAUUUCCUGAAGAGGUUCAAAGGUGUGGCCCAGACACUCGAGAAGAAGGGCUACACACAGUUCACUCCUCAUUACAUUACAUGGUAUUGCCUAGAGAGCUUUGUCUUAAGCAAGCAGUGCAGGUCCCAAUGUAUCAACCAUGGGAGGUAUUGUGCACAGGACCCAGAACAAGGUUUCAGCAAAGGGUACGAUGGGAGAGAUGUGGUGAUUCAGAAUUUAUAUCAAAUUUGUGUGUUCAAAGUUGCAAAGAAGACUGGGAAACCUUGGUUAUGGUGGGACUAUGUGACCCAUUUCGCUACUACGUGCCCAAUGAAGAAAAAGAUGUACCCUCAUGAAUGUGCUUCCCGAGUAAUCAGAUCACUUGGCCUUAGUCAGAAAGCGGUAGACAUGUGUGUUGGUGAUCCUGACGCGGACAAGGAUCAUCCUGUGCUAAAAGCUGAACAAGAUGCACAGAUUGGCAAGGGUACUCGCAGUGAUGUUACUAUGUUACCAACACUUGUAAUCAACAAUAGGCAAUACAGAGGGAAACUAGAAAAAGGAGCAGUUCUUAGAGCUCUCUGCACCAGCUUCCAGGAGAAUAAUGAACCAUCGGUUUGCUCAAAUGAAGACAUACAAACCAAUCAAUGCUUGGACAACAAUGGCGGUUGUUGGCAAGAUAUGGCUGCUAACGUGACUGCGUGCAAGGACACCUCCACUGGAACAGUUUGUGAAUGUCCAGUUUUGCAAGGUGUGAAGUACAUUGGUGAUGGUUACAACCACUGCGAAGGUACAGUAGUAAUUUUCAAUAUUUAUCUUUUGAUAGCUUUUGUGUGUUCUUUUGAAGUAAUGUGCAGAAGAUGCUCAUUUCUCUGUGGCAAAGAUAGCUACCUAGACAAUCUGUCCAUCUUCCUGUCCAUAGUUUCUUUUAUAGAAAAGAACAGGGGAAGUACACAGUUAAGUUAACGGGGCAUACCCUUUUGUAUCAAAUGGUAGGACUAGAGGUAUUAUAGUGAUGGAGUUGACACACUAUAGCACUAACAGGCUUUGUAAAACAAUUUUGAUUGGUCACAACAUAGAAAAUCCUGAGGUUAAGUAUUGGUGCAAAGCUUCAGCUUUUAAAUAUUGUGCAGCGCUAUCUUUGGUCAUCUUUUCCCACUCUGCUUAACUAUUUCUACUGUUCUUUAAUGUGCAGCUCCCAUGUAUGUCCAGAUAGAGACCAUCAAUCAAGACUGGCCCCAGCCAAUCAAGAUCCGUAAUACCUAUACAUAUUCUUCUUAUUUAGUGAGUAUUUUUCAUCACCUUUCUUACGGUACCAUGAUUCUCAAAUGGAUGAAUGCAAAUAGCCAUUUCAAUUGAACUAUAUAAGAGGAUUUAUUAGAUUGUUCAAUCGAAUGAGAAAUUCUCCAAAGUGCCUUUUGAGUUCGUAAUAUCUCAAGUAUCACAACCUUGAUAAUAAUUGGAAACUAUAUCUGUUUAUACUCUAUACCUAAGAAACCAAUUUAUCGAAGAGCCCUAUCCUUUAUAAGAACAUGAUGUACAAUAUUAAAUAAGCUUACCGUGUUAGCUUGGUAAUGGAAAAAGAAUGCUUUAACUUGCUAGCCCAAAACUAAUGCACACAAAUACUAAGGCAUAUAGAAGGUUACUGACACAGUAUUGUUUUCUGUGGAUCCAGACAGAGGUUGUCCAUAAGGCCAUUUACAACCUCUUUUCAGGUACAUGCAUAGACAUUCGAUAACAACCAUUGGUGUACUUUAAUGUUAUAUGUACAACUGAUUAAUCAUAUUAAUGUUCUUUUGUCAGGAAUAUUUGCGGCACAUAAGGUGUUCUAAUAGGAUCUGCAAGGUAUUGUGGUGAUGUGUGAUAUUUUUCAGAUUGAUACAACAUGUACGUUUGACAGUUAUGUGAAGAACAUGGCAUGAAGGUGGUUUCUGUCACAAGUGUGGUGCUUGCUCUUGCUAUUGUGUAAUGUCAUAAUCUAUAGCCUUAUAUGUUUGUCUCUGGUGUUUUAAAAUAUUAGAUUAGCUCAAACUAUAAUGCUACGCCCUUUUUCCACCUUGAUCAUUGAGAGACAUAGCUACUUGGGAUGCAAAAUAUUUAUGAGUUGCCGCUUUACCAUGUUCCUAAGAAAGGCAAAACACAAGAUCUCAUGCCAUAACAAAUUGGCAGAAUUGGCCCCUAGACAACAUUAAAACUUGGCUUUUUCCACAGGACACUGAAAGAACAUGGAUUUGUCGAAAUCCAUUACAGUUUGAUGGUUCUUUCCCACAAGACAGACAGCCUUUAUAAUAUUCAGAUUCGAUCAAAUCGACGAUGAUUUGUACAAAUUAGCCCCACGCCCAUCAGGAUUCAUACUAAAUCGGCCAAGUGCCAAACGAAUUCGCAGCCUUACUCUUCACUCACAAGGAUAGCACGAAUUGGUCGACUUGAACGUUAAUGCUAGUACAGAGAUUAAGGUGGGAUCUAACCACAAGUUGCGUAUGACUUAAUGGGACAAAGAGAGUCACAGUAUGAAGAGGUUACUUCUGACCAGAAUUUGCUUAGUGCAAUUGACAUGUACUGGGAGAAAAGAAAGUUCCCACUGCAAGUGUGUGUACUUAAUUUAGUAGACUCUAGGCACCAGUGCUUAUACAUAUACAAGGAAACAAGUUUAACUUGUAAAGUUGUACUCAGCGCUAAACAUCAUGUAUGCAUAAUUUUCAAGUAGUUUGGGAGAAAAGGGAAAUAUACUUCACAUGCUUUUCAUAUCAGAGAUCUUACUAGAGGUGGGUUCAGGCAUUGAGUUUAAGGCUAAAAA